ACGAGCCAACAUCACGAUCAACAUGGCUGGCAACAAGUGCCGGCCGGGGGCAAGAUAGUGCUUACGGGUUCAGUGGCUCCCGCAGCAUUUUUGUUUCGCCCAGCCUGGCCCGCUGUCUCGGGUCAUGAGAGCUUCACUCCGCUUUGGAGUCGUCAGUCCGGUGGAAGCGCCUGUGCGGACAGUGAAACGACAUGCCCGCAGGCAGCAUGGUGCUGCGGCGCCGAAGAGGUAUGCUCCCUCAUCGGCGGGGCGUUCUUCUGCUGUCCCGAAGGGGCUGGCUCCGUUGGAUGCACUCGAGUGUGCGCUGCUGGCGACUUCCAGUGCGGUUCCAUCUGCUGUGCAGACGGCCAAACCUGCAUGGGAGGUGACACACCGUCACCGUAUUGCGUCAGCCAGAGGCCUACCGGAGUGCCAGGCACGGCUGUUUCGACGACCUCGAUUUCCUCACGGACUGCCUCGACGUAUUCGGGCAUCUCAUUGUCGAUCACAUCUCCUUCCUUUCCGGCCGCCAUUAUCAGUCCAACAUCGUCAGUCACGUCGGCCAUCGCGGCCUCCACCAACGCCGCCUCCCUAACUCAAUCCGAGCAACCUUCGCCUGCUGAACCCAGCGUAACCGCAUCAACAACGCCACAACACGGCUUUUCCCGCGCAGCGCAAAUCUCCAUCGGCGUCAUCGUCCCCGUGGCCGUCGUCUUCCUGGUCGGCGCCCUCUGGAUUUUCAACUUCCGCCGCCCCGGUCGGGGCCAUGCCCGCGGACACCGCAGAGGGGAAGCAAGAACCACCUCCGAGGACACGCAGGCCUACGACAAGAUCUGGCUGGACGCGGACACGGCGCCGCACCUAUCGCCGCAUGAGAAGUACAUGAUGAAGUCCAACGCUGAGCGGAGGAGGCAGGGUGAGGGAGAGAGGUAUGAGAUGAAAGAUUUGCGAGAGCUAGAGGAUGCAGGGGUUCAUGGGCAGGACGCGACAGACUCGGGAUCCGGUGGCCGGGCGUCGCCGCAUCCGGGGACUCCGGUUAUUGUGUAG